GGAAUAAUGCUGCUUCAUUGGCUAUUCUGCCUCUCAUCACUUUACAUCUGCCUACAAAGUGUCAACUCACAACCAGCGAAUGCAGAACUUCAGAAACUAUUUCAACUGCAUAAUGAAUAUAGACAUAUGGUGAUGAAUUGCGAAUUGGAGAAUCAACCACCGGCUAAAUAUCUUCCAGAUCUUCGAUGGGAUAAUGAACUCGCCUAUUAUGCUCAAAAAUUAGCAAAUACUUGUUUCUUUGAAUAUGACGACAUUCAGUUGCCUAAAUACAACUACACUGGACAAAGUAUAAGCAGUCAUGCAACUGUUGAAGAAGCUGUAGAAGCUUGGUUUGAAGAGAAUAAAAAUUAUGAUUAUAACACAAGAGCCUGCCGUGAUAGCUGCGUACAUUAUACACAGAAUACAACACUUGUUGGAUGUGGUGUGAAGGACUGUCAAAGACCAGGAUAUGGAUUAUAUAUAGUCUGUAAUUACGCUGAAGGGGCUGAUUGGAAAAACGAGCGUCCCUAUGAAACAAAGCCACUGAGUGAAUGUGAUCGACAACGGGUUCCAGCUCGUAAACCACCAAAGCCAACUGUCGCCACCACCACCACUACAACAACACCACCAAGCCGACAACCAUCCUAUUCAAAGAAAAUACCCGAACCUGAUUGGACACAACUCAGAGCCACCUGGAAUCAAUACGCCGCUGCUCAGCGUCUUCAAGGAAAUAUAGCACAAACAUGUAUUUGUUUUGACUGA